UUGAGACACUAGCUGGGAGGCUCUGGAUAGGAACCAAUAAUAACAGAAUGGAGAAUAGCUGUGCUGAGCCCUUAGGGACCAUGUGGUCUAGCCCACCUGUUUUACAGAUAGGGAAACCGAGGCCCCCAAAGGUCCCUUUUCAGUCCAAGGUCACAGAGACUCAAGUCUGCAGUACAUGAGGCUGGGGACUGCGUUCCGGAUGCUACAGAAGCACCGUCUUAGGGGACUUGCUCAAUAGCCAUGAAGAGCCCAUCCAAGGCCAGUGGCACAGCCUCCAGCCCUGGGGAAGAGGACCCCUUCUCCUUCAGCUGCAGAUAUAAGUUCCCGCCUCCUAGCCUCAGCCCAGAACAAGUAGCUACUCACACCAUGAAGCUCAGCCGCCUCCUUGCCCUUUGCCUCACCCUCUGCCUGGUGGGCUUGGCCAGCUCAGGAAAGACCUCAGCCAAUCUUCAGCAAGAGGCUUCCCAGGAGUUGCUCCAACCCCCUGCCCCCUGCCAGCUCCCCGCAGUGAGGGGCCCUUGCAAAGCCUCUUUGCGCCGAUACUUCUACAACUCCACGUCCAUUGAGUGUGAGCCCUUUAUCUAUGGCGGUUGUCAGGGCAAUGCCAACAAUUUUGAGACCACAGAGGUCUGUGUGAGGGUCUGCAAACCCCCUGAGACCAAGGUCAAGAGCAGCUGAAGGUGAUACCUGCACGUUCCCAGGCCUUGACCGAAAGCUGGCUCAGCUGCCAUUCCUGCGCAGAGAAGAGGCCCUGCUCUGAGCCCAUCCUGUAACCCUCCGGGACUGAGUCAAUAAAGUGUUCAAAGUUGAUGUGACCUGAAGCCUUCCUACAAGGGCCCUGGGCCUGUCCUCCAAAACUGCUCACAGCCACAGGGGCAAUCAAACCUGCAUCACCCCCACCCCUAACCUCCUUCAGACCCGCAUUGCCCUGUGUCCCCAGAAUGAAGAUGAGGACAGAGGACACAAGUUCCCCUAUCGCCAGGGGUCCUCACGCAGGCCAGACUGAAUGGAAAUUUGGGGACCUUGAGUGUCUGUCCCUAGAUCCUGGCCUGCUGCUCUUUCCUGCCCGGGGCUGCAGGAUGAGCCAGAAGGUUCUUCCUGUCCAGCAGGAACCAUGGCCUGGAGGAGUGUGGAGAGGGGUGGAAAUUCAGGGAAUCUUGGCCAGCUAGGGUGGCACUCCCCUCUCCACCCAGGGGGAUACUGGAAAAAUGAAAUUUAUACAUAUUUUUUAAAUUGUGGUAAAAUACAUACAACAUGAAAUUUACCAUUUUAACCAUUUCUAAGUGUACAACUUAGUGGCAUUAUGUAUACUCACGCUGUUGUGCUAACGUGACCACCACCCACCUCCAGAACUUUUUCAUCUUCCCAAACUGAAACUUGUACCCAUUAAAAAUUAACUCCUCUUCCCCCUCCCUGCAAUCCUUGGACACCACAGCUCUAAUUUCCGUCUCUGUGAGUCUGCUCUAGGAACCUCAGCGAAGUGGAAUCACACGGUAUUUGUCCUUUCGUGACUGGCUCGUUUCACCUAGCAUCAUCCAUGUUGUAGCCUGUAUCAAAAUUUCCUUCCUUUUUUGGUUUUUGUUCUUUUGUUUGUUUUUGUUUUGUUUUCGCUGCUCCGCACAGCAUGAGGGAUCUUAGUUCCCCAACCAGGGAUUGAACCUGUGCCCCCUGCAGUGGAAGCACGGAGUCCUCACCACUGGACCGCCAGGGAAUUCCCAAAAGUUCCUUCCUUUUAAAGACUAAAUAAUAUUCCACUCUUAUAUACAUUUUUGAAAACCAGACAGGUCUGCCUGACCACCAUGCCCACCACCCCCUGUAACUGUCUCCUCCUGUCCUGCGUCUAAUCUAACCACUUCCUCUUGCUGAAAGGGAAACUGCUGGGCUUCCCUGGUGGCGCAGUGGUUGAGAGUCCGCCUGCCGAUGCAGGGGACGCGGGUUCGUGCCCCAGUCCGGGAAGAUCCCACAUGCCGUGGAGCGGC